AUGAGGUCUUGGACGGUACUGGUGGUUCUGUGGCUGCUGCAACAGUCGGCACGAGUCGGCUCCACGGUUCAUUCGAACACUCGUGGUACGUCGGAUGAAGUGGACCAUGAUCUCACAACUACUGUAGAUGGCGUCGCGAGAGCGGCUAGCACCGACGCAACGUUGGUGUCUGAAAACGUGCCAGACGUGGAGUCGCAUCUCCGUAACCUCAUGGACCGACUGAUUCAGGAGUCCUUGCCGAGGAUGACGGCCCUCGGGUUUGGCGGAAACGUCACCGGGGACUGUUCGGCAGCCCUGUUCAGGCUUCUGCUUGGAGUUCGCAAGUUUGAGCCGUGGGCGCUGAGACUUGUGGACGCUAAUUCGCGGCCUCCUGGAGGACUCAUCUCGGGAACCUUCAACGACCUGGGAACCUUUGACCAGUGCGUGUCGACGACCGCCAGGGAUGCCGACGGAGAAGUCCACUUCUCGGGACAGUACUGUACCCUCUACCUGCAGCCCCGAAAACUGCCCUUCUUCGAGAAGCUCGUCCGGAAACUGCACGAGGAAGUCUACGAUGGGGCCAAGAUCGACUUCUUCAAGUUCAUGUACAACGACAUGGCCCACGGCCUCCGCCUAGGCGUUUGCUACCCAUCGCCGUGCUCUGCUGAAGAAUUCGAAUUCCUCAUAGACUCGAUGGUGAACCAACACGGGUUUGAUGCAACGGUGAAAGGAUGCGUCAUAAAGGAGAAAAUGCAUCUGGGAGCCAUGGAGAAGGGACUACUGUAUCUCAUGGCAUCCUGUGUCUCGUUCCUCGUGGUCGGAUCGCUGACUGACAUCUACCUUCGGAAAUACGGGAAGCAGGCCGGCCACGACCUGAAAAAUCUCGGCGCUUUCUACAAAAUGGUGGUCUCCUUCUCCGCGGUGACCAACACGGAGAAGCUUCUCGCCGUUCGAGCGGAAAAGGACUCUGACGCGAAGCGUCUGCGGUUCCUACAUGGCAUGCGUUUUCUGAGCGCCGUCUGGGUCAUUCUGGGUCACAGCUAUCUCACCAUCGAGCCAACCGCCGUUGGAGAAAUGCUUCGAAUUGUCCGCUUCGGCAAGCAUCUGCUGUGGUGCCUUGUCGGCAACGCCUAUCCAUCGGUCCAGACAUUCCUGUUCAUGAGUCGACCCAAGUUGGGAUUUCUCAUGGCAAGCGUGCUGGUCAUCGGGACGUCAACAGCCGUCAGCAUCCAGGCGUACCUCAACUCCUAUCAGCCGAUACCUAUUUAUGGACAACCGGAGCUUGACAAAACUCUGGAGACGAUGGCGUACAUCUACUACCGGCCCCACGUGCAUGUGGCCUCCUACGCCAUCGGGAUCAUGCUGGGCUACGUCGUCCUCAACCACAGCGCUGAGCAGCUCCACCGUCUGAUUCGAAUAACGCUCUGGCUGCUCUCCUCCGCGUUGGCGCUUCUCGUGGUGUUCGGACCGUUCAAGUGGCUUCGAGGCGACCCCUGGGUGGGACUCGACGCCGUGCUCUACGCUGGCUUCGGCAAGGCCAUCUGGGCCCUGGUGCUGGCGUGGAUUACUUUCUCCUGUGCUUGUGGACGAGGAGGUUUCGUAACCCGGCUGCUAUCGUGGAAAGCUCUUGUCCCACUCAGUCGACUCUCUUACGGGGCUUACCUUGUUCAUUCCCCACUCUACCUCAUACGCACAGGGAUCAUGAGGGAACGCAUGUCUCUCCAGCACUUCCACCUGAUGAAAGACUUCUUUGGAUGCGUCACCCUCUCCUUCCUCCUGGCUUACCUGUUGUUCCUGCUCUGCGAAGCACCCGUGGCCUCGCUGGAAAAGAUGCUCCUCUUCCAGACAUUG